UACAACGUGUAGUUGAUAACCUCAUUAAACGAAUGAAUGGAAUAUUUUUUGUUUAAUUAGAAAGUAAAUUCUAGAAAAAGACAAGAGGCGUAAAGGAAAAUUAUGAUGGAGACUGAUCACACUGCUGGUUUGAUUGUGAUAGGAGAUGAAAUUCUACGUGGACAGAUUAUAGAUACAAAUACAUCAUAUUUGGCAAAAAAAUUACGAGCUUCUGGUAUUAAACUUCAAAAAAUAACAGUGAUUCCUGAUAUUGUAGAUGAUAUUGCAAAGACUACACUUGAUGCUUCCAAAGAAUAUUCUAUUGUAUUUACAUCUGGUGGUGUUGGACCUACGCAUGAUGAUGUAACAUAUGAAGGUGUAGCUAAGGGUUUAGGAUUAAAACUUGAACGACAUGAAGAAUUAGUUGAUAUUUAUGUAAAUCUUUUUCCCAACAACAAAGAAGCUCAACACCUUGCUAUUGUACCAAAACCUUGUGAACUUAUUUAUGUUUAUUCAUCAAAGAAAUAUGCUGUUGUAAAAGCAAACAAUGUAUACAUGCUACCAGGCUCUCCAAAAUAUUUUGAGUCUUCUGUUGAUGCAAUUAUACCUCAAUUAGAAGGGGGUACCCCUUUACACUUCGAACAAAUAGAUAUUAAUUUAAGCGAGUUGUCGAUAGUGACUAUCUUGAAUGAACAUGCAAAGUAUUGGAAAGAUAAAGUUUAUAUUGGUAGUUAUCCACAAUCAUCAUGUUUUACAAGUAUUACAUUAGAGGGGAAACAAGAUGAUGUUUUAGAAGCAAAGGGGAGACUUCUAUAUUUUUUACCAAUUCAAAAGGUUCAAAAUUUAAAAAAUGGAUUUAGUUAUUAUCAUGCAGAAAGUGUUCUUAAAGAUGCUGAAAAUGAAGCACAUAUAAAAUGUGCAUUAGAUAUUCUGCAAAAGUGUUAUAAAAUGUAUAAACCAGAAGAAGUCUUUAUAAGUUUCAAUGGAGGGAAGGAUUGUACAGUUGUGUUACAUUUAGCAGCCUGUAUUGCGAAGUUACAAAAUAUCUCAUUAUUAUGCUUAUAUGUGACCGCAGAACCAUUUCCAGAGGUGGAUUCAUUUGUGGAGAAAGCUGCCCAAUACUAUGGUUUAGAAUUAAUAAGUAAGAAAUCUCCUAUGUUAUUAGCAUUAUGUUCAUUACUGAAUGAAAAGUCAAAUUUAAAGGCAAGUCUUAUGGGAAUGAGGAAAGGUGAUCCUGGUACAGAAAAUCUAGGUGCCUUUACACCAACUGAUUCAAGUUGGCCAAAUUUAAUUCGUGUAAAUCCAAUCUUAAAUUGGUCAUACGAUCAAGUAUGGAAAUUUUUGUUGAAGCAAAAUGUACCUUAUUGUUCGUUAUAUGACAAAGGGUAUACAAGUUUAGGAACAAAAUCAACGACAUUACCGAAUCCACGAUUAAAAGAUCCUAAUAAUUCGUUAUUAUAUUUGCCAGCAUAUACUUUAACCGAUGAGUCUGCAGAGAGAGAAGGCAGAGUGUAA